AUGGACGACUCACCCGAUCGUAUUGGGCCCGAUAUGACCCCAAAAGCCACCUUCGCAGACAAGUCCCGGGGCAUCGUCAGAGCUUUGACAACCAAGGAGGGUUUGUUUGGCGAUUACGACUAUGCCUUCUUAUUCAAACCGAACCUACCAUUCAUGAAAAAAUCGAAAAGAGCAGCCCCUUUCUUCGGUCUCAAUGAUAAAAUGCCCGUCGUCCUCGCUCUAUUAUUAGGCUUCCAACAUGCUUUAUCCAUGUUGGCUGGUAUCAUCACCCCUCCUAUCAUCAUCGCCGGUCAAGGAGGCGCCAGUUUAGGGGCAAAUGAUACACAGUAUCUGGUAUCGACAGCAUUGAUCGUCGGUGGCAUCCUAUCUUCAAUACAGAUCACUAGAUUCCAUAUAUACAAGUCACCUUACUAUAUCGGCACCGGUUUGAUCUCCGUAGUCGGAACAAGCUUCUCCAUCAUCCCGGUCACCACAGGUGCCUUUGCACAGAUGUACGCCACUGGCUUCUGUCCUUCAGCUGCCGAUGGGACCAAAUUGCCCUGUCCUCAAGGCUACGGCGCUCUACUUGGCACCGCUUGCCUAUGCUCACUGCUCGAAAUCGGCCUUUCAUUCACCAAACCAGCAGUCUUGAAGCGUGUCUUCCCUCCACUCGUAACUGGCCCCACCGUCAUGCUCAUCGGCAUCGCUUUGAUCCAAAGUGGUUUCCAAGACUGGGCCGGAGGAUCCGGAACCCCAGGCUGCAUCACCCGUCCAACAAGCGGUCCCUACACCGUCUGUCCCCAAGUCGGCGCACCCCACGCUCUCCCCUGGGGCAGUGCCGAAUACAUCGGUCUGGGCUUCUCCGUCUUUGUCACCAUCAUCCUCUGCGAACGCUUCGGCAGUCCCAUCAUGAAGUCUUGCGCCGUCGUCGUCGGCCUCCUGGUCGGCUGCAUCAUCGCGGGCGCCACAGGCUACUUCUCCGCUUCCGGCAUUGACGCCGCGCCCGCCGUCUCCUUCGUCUGGGUCAAGACGUUCCCCCUGAGCAUCUACGCGCCCAUCAUCCUCCCGCUCAUGGCCGUCUACAUCGUCCUCAUGAUGGAAGCCAUCGGCGACAUCACCGCCACGUGCGACGUGUCGCGCCUCGAAGUCGAAGGCAAGCUCUUCGACUCGCGCAUCCAAGGCGGCGUCCUCGCCGACGGCUUCAACGGCCUCAUCGCCGGCCUCUGCACCAUCACCCCCAUGUCGACCUUUGCCCAGAACAACGGCGUCAUCGCCUUGACGCGCUGCGCGAACCGCAAGGCCGGCUACGGCGCCUGCUUCUUCCUCUUCAUCAUGGGCGUCUUCUCCAAGUUUGCGGCCGCGCUCGUCGCGAUCCCGAAUCCCGUGCUCGGCGGCCUGACGACCUUCCUCUUCAGCUCCGUCGCCGUGUCGGGCGUGCGCAUCAUCUCGACCGUGCCCUUUACGCGGCGCAAUCGCUUCAUCCUGACGGCAUCGAUGUCACUCGGCUUCGGCGCGAUCUUGGUCCCGAAUUGGUUCUCGUUCGUCUUCACGUACAAGGGGGAUAAUCAGUCCAAGCAGGGGUUCUACAACGCCAUUAUCUUAGUGCUCGAGACCGGUUUCGCGGUAACGGCCUUCCUCGCCAUCUUCCUCAACCUCAUCCUAGCCGAAGAGAUCGAAGACGAAGCGGCCAGCAUCACGGCCAACGAUGUGGACGCGGCGGACGACCAGGAGGAGUGGAGCCGGAUCCAGCGGGGCAAGGCCGACGGGGCCGGAGGCGGCGACGAUGGGGAGAAAGGGUAUGAUGGGCGGGAUAUGGCUGCGAAGACGUAG